AUGCCGGUAUUCGUUUUCGCCGCCACCAAAAAUGCAGUUACCGACUCCGACGCCGAAGGCCCCAAUCCUCCUCUUUCAAUCGUAGCCAAAUCUUGCCUCGUUCUUUAUUCUGCACUUUGGCCCACUACGGUACUCGAGAACAUCAAGGAUCUGGAUUCUACCCAGCCCAUAUUCUCAUCUUCGUCGGCACAGGCGGGAUCAGAACAUAUUGUGAGCUUGAGUGUGGAUAUUAAUGGCUCUGCCCUCUUUUGCUUUUGCUUUUCAGCUUGA